AUGGCUUGCGUAACCAUCGCCGAAUUAGUCGAACGCAUGGCGGCGCUGAGUCUACAGAGCUACGACAUCACCACUGAUUGUGUCCCCGUGCCUCUGGAUGAGAACGUCCAUAGUGGCAGCUCCCAUAAGAAUGAGGACAUCGAGAUUCCGGAUUAUCCCGAUACAAUUCGUAACGAAGUCGCGAAUUUUGUGCAACUCGACGCGACACGAUUUUUUGCGCAGGCAUGGGAGGCGACGUUCAUUGCCUGGAUGGCGCUGUUGAGCAUUACGCAAAUAGCGCCUUGCGGCCCGCUUACAGUCCAGGGGCUUGCCGCGGCGGUUCGUGCCCUCGAUGGAGUCAUUAGCGGCAGGGAAGAGCCAUACCUUCCUCCUAGAUUUGGAUAUUUACAGCUAUUCCAUUUUCUGGAAUCACUGAGGAGCAGGAUAGAACGUGAUAAGAAGCGUGGGUUCAUCCAGGCAGAAAGCCACCGCACCAAUGCUGCGCUAGCGUAUGAGCUCUACCGGAACGCGCAAGGCAUUCCCACCACUACCAGCCAUUUGCGUCGUCUCAGACUCCUCGGCAGCCGUUGGAAAGACGCUGUUCGCUCCUCACCAUUUCUACUGCUUGCUUUCUCCAAAACUGCGGAAUCCUUUGCGAAAUAUCCUUCAUUUCGAAAGUUGUUUCUAAUGGCUUUAGAUGAUGUGCCCGAUAAAUUGAAGAACAUUUGCGGCGAGCUUUCCAGCAUUGCCGAACGCGCGGCUGCUAGCAAUUCCGAGAGUAACAGUGAGCAAAAUAGCUGGGAACAGCGUGGAAAUGCAGCGUGGAAAGGCAGCGUGGAAGUGCAACGUAGAAAGGCAACGUGGAUGGAAAGGUGGAUAGGCGGCGUGGAUGUUAGUCUGCAGGGGUCAGUCUUCAGUCUGAAGGAGGGCCAGAUGAACACGGGGGCCAGUCUCCAGGAAAACAGCGACGGAAGUGCUAGUACCACCAUAGCAUGGCUAAUGGAUUGCCUAGCUCUGGCAUUGCAGCAUCCGCCACCUAUGGACAUACCCACUACACUCCUCGCUUCAGGCAGAAGUCUCCGCAACGAAGAGGCUCUCUGCGACGAUGAGAUUGACUGGGGCGAGGAGCUCCCCGACGAAGAGACUCUCCCCAACGAAGAAACUCCCCCCGACGAGGAGAUUGACUGGGACGAGGAGAUCCUCGACGAAGAAGCUCUCCCCAACGACGAGACUCUGCCUAACGGGGAGGCUCUCUGCAAUGGAGAGGCUCUCACCAACGAAGAGAUGUGUUUCCUGAAGCGGACGAUAUGUGACGAGCCCUGGUUAUUGUACCAGACUGAUAAAAGUCAGAUUCACACUUUCUGGGAUAACAUAAAAAUUGAUACAUCAAUGGCUCGAGAUUCAUGCCUUGCAGAUGCUUAUCAGGCAAUUCAAGUUUUGGAUGAAAUUAUAUCAGACAAGAGCCUAGUCUAUUGGAAGCACCGGCUUGCCUACGUACAACUACAAAAACUUUUGGCGUCGCUUGACAUGACUAUACUCCGCGAAAAACGCAACGGGCAUAUUGACGGUCGUCGUGGCUACGGUAAUAAGACAGUCAAGUACGAGAUACUCAGCAAGGCGCUCGAGGGCCGUUCUUCGGCAAAAGCCAUACGGCUCCAUGUUCGGCGCAGUAGGCGGUGGUCACUUAUUAUAGGUGGCUCAAUGCUCCUGGCAGUCGCUUACUCGGGCAAGGCCGAGACAUAUGUUACCGAGCACACUGAUCAUGCUGAUCUUUCCGAGCAGUCACGUGACGGCGUCCCUCUCUCCCAGUCGGGACGUCUUUCCUGUAUCUGCGUCACUGGCCCUGGCCGCUGUCCCCUCCGACCAAGCUUCUGCAUUUGUAACACUGUCACGGGUUGUAUCCUGAAAGAGACUCGGCCUGACGACCUCUUUUGUCGUGACAGCCAGCGCUAG